AUGCAGUGGAAGCCGUUUCCUAAUCUCUUUUCUCGUUUACUUUUCGAUCGAUCGGUGCCUUGGGUUGCUGCGAUAAAGCUCCUUUUCCCUGAUUGGCCUGCGAACAUGGAAGCCCAUGCUGGGAGCAAUAACGUGAAUGAACCACCAAUAUUUGACGUGGAUGGUUACCCCUUGGGUCUCCCGCUGUCCGAGGCAACAGCAGUAGGCACCCAGGUAUUCACACUGAAGGGUCACGAUCCCGAGGGUUCGGAGGUCAAAUAUGGAAUCCAAUCAACUGACAAAUUCACAGUGGAUCCAACAACCGGAAUCAUAACUCUAGCGAAGCCAUUAGAUCGUGAGGAGAACGAUACGAUAAAGUUCUUGGUAAGCCUUGAGGAUCGGGUGUUAGAGGGCCAACAGCCGAAUAUCGUAGGAAUAGAAGCAUACGUUCUGGUUCUGGAUGUCAAUGAUAACCCUCCAAAGUUUUCCGGAACUCCUUAUGAGGCGGUGGUCAGCGAGGACACGCCAAUUGGAUCCACCAUCUUGCCCGGGAUAAGAGUCACUGAUCCGGAUCUAAUUGGCGAGGACAUUCAGCUCAUCUGUGUUACUCAACCGCAGUUCCCCGACGCUUGCACCAAGUUCGGAAUCAUUGAUGUGGAACAGAGUGAGAACACGUAUGUAGGGGCUCUGGUGCUACGUGAGCCACUUGACUACAAGCAGCGACCCUUCUAUCAAUUAUUGUUACGCGCAAGUGAUGGUAAGAACAACGAAACAACGGGAGUCGAAAUUAAGGUUACGGACAUUCAAAAUAGUCCCCCGGAGUUUUUGAAUUCGUUAACUGGGAUUGUCUAUGAGAAUGCGUCGAUCGGGACGCUUGUUAUGACGGUUAAGGCAAGGGACGGAGACCGAGGAAUCCCCAGGAAAAUCGUCUACGAAUUAGUGGCCAAUCCCUUCGAUUACUUCCUGCUGGAUCCAAUCAGCGGGGAGCUUCGUACUGCCAAACCUCUCGAUCGCGAAGCGUUGGAAAAUUCCACGGGUGUGUUGAACCUCAAAAUCAAAGCUAGGGAGCUGGUAGAUGGGGUUCCGGAAGACGACAAAACGACAGUAUCGACUGCUGAUGCAACAGUUACGAUAAAAGACGUGAAUGACGAGCCUCCGACAUUCAACAGACGCGAGUAUAGUGUCGAGAUUCCUGAGAAUGUGCCAAAUGGAAUGCCGCUUCCGCACCUCGAUAUGACUGUCAAGGAUCCCGAUUUGGAUCUAGGGGCUGAGUUUAGUUUGAGGCUAGAAGACAUUUCCGGUGCGUUUAUGAUCGAGCCACAACACGCGACAGGCAGUACUUCCGUGACAAUUAGGGUUUCAAAUGCUUCUCUAGAUUACGAGAACCCAAACCAGCGGAAAUUCAUCCUCCUGGUUAUCGCUAGUGAGGACAAAACGGCUGCCAAGUUUUCGUCUACUGCUACGGUGACGGUAACCAUCAAGGACAUGAAUGACAACGCUCCGUCGUUCAAUUCCGCGACUUACACGGCGACUGUAUCAGAAACCGCAGCACCUGGAUCUAAUAUCGCGACGAUCAGAGCUAACGAUCGUGAUAGUGGAAGGUUUGGAACCGCGGGGAUUGUGUACCAAUUGCUGGGCCAAGGUUCCGAACACUUCAAUGUUGACAAACGAAACGGAACUAUCAGCGUAGCAGCCUGUCCAACUCCCGGUACGAGUCCUUGUCUUGAUUACGAGGAGCAGAAUGAGUAUUUCUUGAACUACAAAGCCACUGAUGAUGAUGGUCAUGGUCAGACUACGACAGUUUCGCUGCGAGUCCUCUUGGCUGACUCCAAUGACAGCCCACCACACUUUCUGCAAGAGAGGUACAGAGCAGUGGUUGAUGAAGGGUCAAGUAAGUUUGAUCCGGAGCUGAAGGUCCAAGCGCGUGACAAGGACAAGACUUCGAAGAUCACCUACUCCAUCGCUGAAGGAAACGAAUUGGGAUACUUCAACAUAGACCCCAAUAGCGGUGAGAUUACAAUCUCUGACAACGGUCCAGUUGAUUUGACGAACUCCAGCCAGGAUUGGAUUGCCCUGACCGUAGAAGCUACCGACGGAACGUACUCAGACACUGCAGUAGUCAACGUGUCAGUCCGUGACGUCAAUAACAACGCUCCAGCUUUUUCCCAGGACGUUUAUACCGCUAGUGUUCCGGAGAUUUCUCCGCUAGGAACUGCAGUGGAGGAACUUACUGCUACUGACGCUGACAGUGGUGUCAACGCUGAGUUGAAGUACAGGAUCCAGAAGGGAGCUUUUGAUGACUUCGUCAUCAAUGAAACAACGGGAUUGGUUACGGUGUCGGGAAAGCUGGACUACGACACGCGAAAUGCUUAUCAUAUUGAAGUGAUCGCCUUGGAUGGAGGGAUUCCCAGUUUGACUGGAACGGCGACGUUGAUGAUAAAGGUGGAGAACAACAACAACAAGCCUCCUAAUUUCGAACCUACCACUCAGAGGGCAGAAGUUACCGAGGAUUCGCCAGUAGGGACUGUUUUUACUAGUCUUAAGGCUAAGGACCCUGACAGUUCUACAGCAGACGCUUUGAGGUACUCGAUUUCAGAACCAAUCACAGCCAUUGAUAAGAACGGCCAGUUGGUAACUAACUCAACUGCGUUCAAAGACUUCUUUGCAGUGGAUCCCAAGACCGGGCAAGUUUCUGUGGUUCGUCCGCUAGAUCGUGAAGUAGCAGCGACUGUAAGUCUUAAUGUUGUAGUGACUGAUACUAGUGCUAAAGUGCUUCAGCAAGGAAUUGGAACUUUAGUAGUGACGAUCAUUGAUGUGAACCACGAAGCUCCGGAAUUCCUAAAGCCCUGGACAAGAGAUAAUCCUAAGUAUAUAAUUGAAAUGCAAGAAGAACAGCCAACUGGUGCAAUUGUAGGAGCGUUUACUGCUACGGAUGCUGAUAGUAACAUCGCAGGUUACGCUAUUGAGCCUCCCAGUUCGUACUUUAACAUCGACAAUGUCACCGGCAUCGUCAGAACUAGCCAAGUUAUUGAUUACGAAGAGACCAAGACCCUGGACUUCAAUGUUGUAGCUUACGAUUCGGGAUUUCCGCAGCUUUCAUCAACUGCCAAAGUCACCGUCAACGUGAUCAACGUCAACGACCAGGAUCCUAAGUUUGAAAAGGAGUCGUACCAAGUUUCCGUUAAGGAAAAUUCUCCUCCAGGGACACAUGUUACUGUUGUCAAGGCUGUGGACGCUGACGAGGGAGUUUUCGGAAAGGUAAGCUACAGUCUCAUUGGAGAACACGCUUCUGAUUUCAACAUCGGGCAUGACACGGGCGAAAUCACAGUAGGAAGCGCCACUGUGCUGGACCGUGAAGAAACUUCAGAGAUGACGAUCACCGUGAUGGCAAGCGAUGGAGCUCCUCUUAAUUCUCGCAGAUCCACAACCACCCAAGUGGUGAUCGGCCUGGAAGACGUCAACGACAACAAGCCAAUCUUCACCCAACACAGUUACCGAGCUUCUGUCGCCGAGAAUCUUCCGGUCAAUCCUCCAGCGACGAUUCUUCAAGUCCACGCUGAAGACCCCGAUGAAGGACUCAACGGCGAUGUAUGGUACAAGAUCGUCAGUGGGAACGAAAACGGAUCCUUCAGCCUGAACCCAGAAACCGGGUUCCUAUAUCCUGCAGUGAUGCUGGUAGGUCGAGCUGGGAGCUACCGAAUUGAAGUAGAAGCCAGAGAUGGCGCUGGACAUGGUCCUCAUUCCGACCGUGCCUUCGUUGACAUCCGGGUGAUUCCCGUCAACCAGCACAAGCCGGAAUUCAUCAUGCCCGAGCUUCCCAACGCUACUGUCGAGGUUCCAGAGAACGCUGGAGUUCCCAAUUACUUGGUGAUGACCGUCCGAGCGGUUGACAACGACCCAGGAGAAAACGGACGCAUCAGCUACCAUCUGAAGGUUGGAAACCGUAACGUCCAGGAGAACGAAGAGUUCUCCAUCGAUCCUGAGACCGGGGAACUUCGCGCUAAGAUAAUCCUGGACCGAGAGGUCAAGAACAAGUUUGAGCUUGUCCUAGUCGCUGCUGAUCAUGGCAGUCCUACCUUUUAUGAGACUUUAAGGCUGCUCACUAUCCUCUUGGUGGAUACCAAUGACAACGUGCCCCAGUUUUACGACGACUACCACUUCCAGGUUCCUGAAAACCGACCCAAGGACUACAUUGUUGGUCAAGUCACUGCUGAAGACAAGGACGAAGGAAGACACGCUAGAGUUUACUAUUACAUCGAAGCAGGAAACGAAGACCGGUCUUUCUACAUUGACAAGUCUGACGGAACUAUCUAUACCAACAAAUCCUUCGACCGCGAGCUUAGAGACAAGUACAUGCUGACGAUCCUAGCAGCCAACGACCCGGACAUCUACAUUGGUGACUCCAGCAAGUUCACCAAUGAUUACGGUCACGUUAACGUCACCAUCAACAUUCUGGAUGAGAACGACAAUCCUCCGGAAUUCGAAAGGUCUGACUACUACGCUGGCAUCAACUCUAUGGCGAACGUCAACGACAUGGUGGCAAAGCUUACUGCUACUGACCGGGACCUGGGUGACAACGGAACACUUCACUACUACGUCGCUAGUGCUAAUCUCUACAAGUACGGGUCGGACAAACCUUCCGGGUCGAUUGUUCCAAGUCCCUUCAAUGUCAGUCAAGAUGGCAAGCUCGUCACCAGUGGCUAUAUGGCAGAGUACAACCAGGAUCGCUUCAUCGUUGAAGUCAUCGCCAAGGAAGCUGCUAGUCCGGAGCACUACGCCAUGGCUAGAGUUCACGUCUGGGUGUUUGAACCCUCCCAGCUGAUCAGGGUGAUCCUAUCCAGGCCGCCUCAGGAAGUCAAUCGCCAGAGGGACGAAAUAGUCGCUGAAUUGUCCAAUGCUACUCAGAGCAGAGUCGUCGUUGACGAAAUCAGGUACCAUGUGGACUCUUCGGGGCACAUUCGUCAUGAGUGGUGUGACAUGUAUCUUCAUGUUGUUGAUCCCAAGACUCAGACUAUCACUCUGGUUCCCCAGGUUCUCAAGGCUAUCGAUGCUAAGUAUGAUGUUCUUAAGGAAUACUACAGUGGGUUCGCUAUUGAGAAUGUUGUGCCGGCUUACGGGGCGGUACAGGAGGAGUCUUUCGACCCGGCAUUAGCAGCGCUGAUCGCGCUGCUAGUGGUGCUGCUAGUAGGCGCUGUAACGGUAACUGUAGUUUGCUGUUGUCUCAGACAUUGGGUCAUCACUGUGCCAAAUGACAUCCGUAAGAAAGACGGGUUGAUCAAGAAGCAGAUCAUUGAUGAGCUUAACACCACGGAGAAUCCGUUGUGGAUCGAACAGAAAUUAAAACUCUAUGAAGAACAAGAACUAACGAUGCAAGUAUUCAGUGAACCAGAAGGCGGCUUAACGACCACCAAUGAAAGACGCGGCAGUAAUGGCGGCUUAAGUGUCGGGAUUGGCGAUACAUCACAGGAUAAUACUUACGCAACUAUCCAGCACCCACUUCAAGGUUGUAAUAGGCAUCGGUCUAGUACACCUGAUUAUACGACACUGCCUGGCAAUCAUAACUUGUACGAAUCGGCGAUGGGUUUCCAAGGCUCGACAUUCCAGCCAUCGGCCACGGUGGUGCCUCAACUGACCCUGGACCGUGAUGGUCAGCCACAAUUUGUGUCAGGAUUAAUUUAA